GGCGGGGGUCUAUGGGGGUCUUUGUGGUGAGGAGCCCAGCAGCUGCACCAGGCGGGCGCUUUCCUGGGCACCAGCAGCAGCAACAGCAGCAGCAGCCUCCUUGGCACCAAAGAGCUAGGUAGGGAGCUCGCCCUCUUGGCUCCCGGGGGUCUUCCAGCCCAAGAUCCAAGCUGCAGGAUUUUCUUGGUUGAUGAAGUGCUUUAUGAACCCUACAUAGACCCACUUCCUGCUCUAGAGGUUUCUGAAGCAUCCCAAGCAGAGGUAAAAAGAAAAAGACGACGACCAUAUAUUGCACCUGCUGGUUGCAAUGCAAGGCAUUUGCCUUAUUCUAUCAGGGUUUGGAGUACUGUUGAGGGAGGACAUGGAUGGAAACCAAGCUAAAGGCAGGCCUUGGUAAUAUCUUGGGGCAGAAGGAGGUGUUACAAUCCAGGGCAUGUCCUGUCCAACUUUGGAUCAUGUAGGAGGGCAUUUUUUUUUUUUUUUUACAAAAAAUUGAUGGCCAAGAUGCCAUAGGGAUGUGUAGCUAGACCACCAGUCCUAUUCCUACCCUGAAAACUCAUCUUAAAAUCCAGGCAGAUGUAUUGAGGGAUGGAGUUCAUUAGUGGUGGCACUAAAGGAUGACAUAGCCAUCCCUCUCCUGCUAGAGAGCAACAGGUCCAGUUGAAACUUCUCUACAUCUACCUGGAUUUUAAGGUGGAUCCAGGGGCCUUUGCAGUCACUGCAGUGGUACCAUGAUUGCAAGUAUGAACACCAAGCAGUUCCGAGGGUGCAAGUCUCGCUUACAACACCAUCCCUGACUAAGAGAAUGUCAGCCAAAUAGGUCUGGCAUCCUGUUAGUGACAUACACUGGAAACUUUCUCUCUCUUGGAAAUUGUCCCUGAGGGAUCUCAGGUCCUGGACUUCCCAUAGGGCUGGAUGCUGGAUCUUCUCAACUGGGGUUGCAAUGAACUGAAUGAGGGCAUUUGUUGGGGAGUUUUGUUUUGGACCCACAGAAGAGACUCAGUUUGGGAAGAGAAGCGGACCUUUAGGAUGCAGACUUGCAUUGGGCCAUUACUCCAGUCACUUCUAAGGCCAGGUCCUUCUCAUGCUCAUCCCCUUGCAUUCCAGAUCUUGCAGAGUGGCUGAGAUGUGGUGGUCCCAGGGCUGGAAGGGGAAGUCCAGCAGAUGCUCUGUGUGCUCUGGAAAGCACAUGGGAAAGGUUCUCGCUCGCAGGAAGUGGCUGAGACUGCACAGUGCGUUCAGCUUCCCUCCCGGAGUCCAAAAUAGAAAAUAUAGAAGUGGGUUGUGGCAUUUGCACACCAGAGGAGAGGGUGCUGCACAGCCAGGAGGACAGGUCAGGGGCCCUGAUCUGUCUGCAGCAGCUCAUCUUUGUAUAGACUUACUCUGAGCCAGCAGAGAGGAUUUGCGUGAGACGGGAGUCUCUCUCUUGGAAACAGCGCCUCGGUUGUUCUUUUCCCUUCUGUUCUGUUUCUCCUGCUCAGGUCUGCUGGCCAUGGGCAACCUGAUAAAGGUACUGGGGAAAGAUUUAGAAAACUGUCCUCAUUUUUUCCUGGAUUUCGAAAAUGCUCAGCCCACAGAAGCCGAGACCGCCGUCUGGAACCAGGUGAACGCUGUCCUGGAAGAAGCGCAGACCAUCCUGGCCGAACUGCAGUCCUACACAGGAGCCGGCCAAGAGAUCCGAGAGGCCAUCCAAAACCCCAGCGACUUACAGCUCCAGGAGAAGGCGUGGAAUGCAGUGUGUCCCUUAGUGGCCAAGCUGAAGCGCUUCUACGAGUUUUCCCUCAGACUCGAGAAUGCCUUGCGGAGUCUGCUGGAAGCCCUCACCAGCCCGCCCUACGCUCCGACUCAACACUUGGAAAGGGAACAAGCUCUGGCCAAGCAGUUUGCGGAAAUCCUACACUUCACCCUCAGUUUCGAUGAGCUCAAGAUGACCAACCCUGCCAUCCAGAAUGAUUUUAGCUACUACAGAAGAACCAUCAGCCGAAACCGAAUCAACAAUUUGCAGUUAGAUGCUGAGAGUGAAGUGAACAACGAAAUGGCCAACCGGAUGUCACUGUUCUAUGCCGAGGCAACGCCGAUGCUGAAGACGCUCAGCAAUGCCACCACCAAGUUUGUCUCAGAGAACAAAACUCUCCCAAUAGAGGACACAACCGACUGUUUAAGCACCAUGGCCUGCGUCUGCCGAGUGAUGCUGGAAACACCGGAAUACCGGAGCCGAUUCACCAACACCGAAACCCUCCUUUUCUGCAUGCGGGUGAUGGUGGGCGUCAUCAUCCUCUAUGACCACGUCCAUCCCGUGGGAGCGUUUGCCAAGACCUCCAAAAUUGACAUGAAAGGAUGCAUCAAGGUCUUGAAAGACCAGCCUUCCAACAGCACAGAGGGCCUUCUGAAUGCCCUGAGGUACACCACCCGGCACCUGAAUGACGACACCACCUCCAAGCAGAUCCGGGCCUUGCUGCAGUGAGCCGUGCGGCGGAGGAAAGAAAGCCGCUCACCUUCUCUGGAGACCCAGAAGGGAAUUUACUCCAUGGAACCUUCAGCUGAAAGUUUUAAUGUUGACAUGUUGCUAUAAAUAACCAUUGGCCCAUCAUAUUUCUCAUUUUGUAAAAAAUAAGAAGAGGAAGAAGAAGAAGAUGAUGAUGAUGAAGAGGAGGAAGAAGGAUAGGUGUAAACCGACCACAAGAUAAUCCAGCCAGCUGAGUGCCAACCUGCUGUGUCUCCCAAGGCAAUUCCAUGUUCAGCUCUGGCAAAAGCGCAUCACCAUGGCCUUCCUCACCCGCUCUGUAAAGGGUGCAAAGAGUCUGGUUCUCGGCCACAGACAAGGUGCCACAUUCCCAGAGGGAAGGAGGAAGCAAUUGAGGCUGAGCUGAGAAGAGGGUGGACUUCCCUUUCAGAAGAAGGGCCAACAACAGGAGACCUUGGGGCCCAGCGGAAGGCUUCUUCUUCCAAACUCUGUUAUGGGGUCCAGAGGUGGGUCACCAGGCUCUGCGGGGAGGAGGUGGCAGCGGCGGAAAAGGAGGUGUCGAGACGAGCACGAAACCGGGAAAGAGGCUCUCUGGAUCCGAGAUGUAAAUAAUAUAAUCUGGGCAGUGACUGCCAAUUGGCGAUGAGGACGAGGACAAUGGAUGGAUAUGAGGAUGAUGGCAGACGUCAUCGUUAAAAAUCUUCCGACACUGACUCCAUUCAAAAUGGCUCGGUCACACACCUUUUAGAUUUUUAAUAUAAAUGAUUAAAAUCCACUCACCUGUUCUUUUGUACAUUUUUUUGUGUCAAAUAAAAAGAGGAAAGAGAAAAAUAAAAAUAAAAAUAAAUCUCU